AGUUCAAUAUCCAAUAAUUGUCACUUUCAAACUUAAAUUGCUUGUUCAUUUGGAUAUACAUUACGUGCUUAGCAUUAAUACCUUAUUACAUUACGUUUGAUUCUCAUCUAAUGCUUACAAUUAAAAAUGACAUCCUUGACUGUUUUAGAAUCUUUGAACUAUACUCUCUAUAUUAAAUAAUUACAUUGCCAACAUUUUGAAUCUUAUCUUAAAUUUUCGUACUUUUUAUUCACAAUCGACAAAUUUGAUACUUUAAAACCCAGGUUGAAUCUAUACCUUUCCACUACCAGAAAGCAACCCAAAGAUUUUUUGGCGGUUAAAAAUUCCCGCCAUAUUUUUCCAACGGUCAUUUUCAUCUCCAUUAAUCUAUGAUCUCCAAGUGGCGUAUUCCUUCAAUCUACACCGUUCAUUUCAAAAAUCCGUUAUUUUUACCAGUUGUACGAUCUUCCUCAUAUGCUAACGGUCAAAACCCACCAAACAGAAUCUCAAGAAUUGGAGUUUUGAUGAACAAAUCCGAGUUGACUCAAUAUGGAAAUGCUCAUUUGACUCACUCUUUUUCAUCUUUGGCACUAAAAUUGUCUGCUAUUUAUGGGGUUUUAGUUGAAGUUAAGCAGUUACAUUCACAUGUAAUAAAGUUGGGAUUUUAUGAGGCUUUGUCUAUGCAAAAUCAGGUCUUAUAUGCUUAUGUGAAAUGUGGCCAAUUUCGAGUUGUUGAUCAAGUGUUCGAUGAAAUGCCUGUGAGAAACAUUGUAUCAUGGAAUACGGUGAUUAGCGGGGCGGUUUCGAGGGUGGGAUUGGGAUUUAGUUAUUUCAAGAGAAUGUUGCUGGAAAUGGUGUACCCUGAUUCUACAACAAUGAAUGCUUUGCUUCGCUCGAAUGUUGUUUUUAAUGAGCUAGCUAUAGGUAGACAGUUGCACGGUUUUACAAUGAGAGUUGGGUUGAAUUUGGAUUGCUUUGUGGGUAGUGCUAUUGUUGAUCUCUAUGGAAAGUUUGGGUUGGUUAGUGACUCGCAGUUUGCUUUUGAUGAAAUGAAGUUGAGGGACUUGGUUUCGUGGAAUGUGAUGGUUUCUGUAUAUAGCUUGAAUGGUUUAGUUAAGGAAGCAUUUAUGGUUUUUAGAUCAAUGCAAGGUAAAGGAAUUCGAGGUGAUGAAUUUACUUUUACCAGUCUUUUGAAUUCUUGUAACUUGGGUGGAUGUUGUGAAUUGUUUCAACAACUUCAGGGACUUGUCAUCAAAUUAUCAUUCGAUUUGGACUUGCAAGUAGCUAGUGCUCUUGUUAAUAGUCAUGCAAAAAAUGGAUGUGUAAGUGAUGCCAGGAAGUUGUUUGAUGGUAUGGUAGUUCGAAAUAUUAUCUCUUGGAAUACUAUGAUUGUGGGCUAUGGACGACAUGGUUACACUGAGGAGGCUAUGGAACUCUUUGUAGAAAUGUUCAGGAGAAAGGUUAAGCCAGAUGAACUUACUAUAUCUAGCAUUAUUAGUUCAUGUGGCAAUCUAGCAGUCAUCAGCAAAACCAAACAAGUUCAUGCAUAUGCUAUAAAAUGUGGGUUUGAUGCCUAUAUAUCAGUUGCUAAUUCUUUAAUAGUUGCAUACUCCAACUGUGGCAGCCUAGCAAGUGCCUCUUUAUGUUUCAAUUAUGUUCAAGAACCAGAUUUAGUUACUUGGACAUCAAUUCUCAGUACUUAUGCAUUCCACGGUCAUGUUAAGCAAAGCAUUAAGAUCUUUGAGAUGAUGUUAUCAAGUGGUCUAAAGCUAGAUAAUAUUGCUUUUCUCGGGAUUCUUUCAGCAUGUAGCCAUGGUGGUCUUUUAAGUGAGGGACUUCAAUAUUUUAAAUUAAUGAUCACUGAUCAUAAUAUCAUACCAAGUACAGAGCAUUAUGCCUGUCUUAUUGAUCUUCUAGGGCAUGCUGGUCUCAUGGAAGAGGCUUCCAGAAUUUUAAGUUCAGGGCCAGUUGUCCUCGAGUCAAAUGCAUUAGGAGCACUUAUCGGAGUUUCAAAAGCCUGUGGACAUUUCAAAUUAGCAGAAUGGGCUGCCGGAAAGCUCUUUGAACUGGAGCCUGAAAAUCCUGUAAAUUACACUCUUAUGUCAAACAUGUAUGCAUCUGUUGGCCAAUGGUAUGAUGCAGAAAAAGUUCGAAACAUGAUGAAGCAGAAGUGUAAUUCUAAACUACCUGGAUGUAGCUGGAUUGAAAUUGCAGGAGAGGUUCAUACAUUUUUGUCUAGUGAUACAUCUCACCGAUUAGCACACGAGGCAUACUCUAUGCUUAACAUGUUGAGCAGGGUAAUGAAGGAUGAUGUCCUUGUUGAUUUGCGCUUAUGAGGAGGAAAACUAUGUAUCUAUAAUUAAGAAAGAAAGACACCAAUCAUGUUUUCCUUCUUGGACAGUAAAUCUGGGUCCAACAGGGACUACUCUUUAGUGCUGGUUUCGUCGUUUCGAGAUCAAAGGGCAUCAGAUGGCUUCUCAGUUUGAGGUAUGGACUUUUCAUAAUUCUAAAGUUUUUGGUGGUAUUUAGGUGCUUUAAGCAUUGAAAAUACUGUUGAGCUUGACUUGAUCUAGUUAUUAUAUUGAUCUUGAUUUAUUUAGCAACUCUAUUGUAAUGAGUAUGACUGAUACUUAUUGGCUUUUGCAUACAGACUUGCAUAGAUCUUGAUUUAUUUAGCAACUCUAAUGUAAUGAGUAUGACUGAUACUUAUUGGCUUUUGCA